UUUGCAGUUAUUUAUUCUUUUCAGCGCUGUAUGUUGACAUUUUUACUGUAACAGAUGAACAAAGAUAAAUCUAAAAGUUCUGGAAAAAUCACAACCAACAAAGAGAAUGGUCGGGUGGGUGAGUUGUUCCCUGAGACAUCCCUUGAAGAAUAUGCCAAGCAAAGUGUAAAGGAACACCAUGUCAAUCAUGAUGAUCACAAUGAUGAUCAUCAUGAGAGCAGUAACCCUGAUAACAAUAUUAUGAUAGUGAAGUUAGUUAUAAUGAAGAUGUCGAGGAUGGUGAAGAAGAUGAAGAUGAAGAUGAAGAAAUUUUGAACUAAGAUGGAAUAUAAUAUCAUAUUCUAGGAAAUGAUAAGAGUCUCUUUGUUGCGGGCAAUGAAGAUGAUGAUCCCUUCAGUUCAGUCCAAGUCUAAUGCAAUGAACUUUACAGAAAAAGUAUGUUGCUUCACCUCGUCAUUUAUACUUUGAUGAAGAAACCUUGGGGAAGACACCAUCACAAUCCCCUUUUGCCAAGUUUUCUUUUCUGGAUCUACUUGUUAACCGCCCUCUCUAACAUAAAUCAAGUACGUCCAGUUCAUGUGAUUCACCUCUUUUGUUCCAAGAAGUUUCAAUUCACUUACUUCUGUUGAUUUUUUUUUCUUCGGAAAAAAAGGGCCUUCUGUAACCUUGCUGCAGACAGUUUUCUCUUUUGGUAUUUCCUGAUUAAAUUCCUGUCCACUUG